UGGACCGUCACAAGUUCAAGUUUCGAGCAUUUGAAGGCCACGCCUAGGCAGAGGCUGAGCAGGAGUGGAAAGUACGUGUCGUUCAGUUGUUGCGGAACCAGCAAACCGAGUGGAGCCACGAUGGACAGCAAUGAGUUUAUUGACUUUGACAUAGGCGCGCCGUGGGGCCGCAUCGCCUGCCGCUGGUACGGCAGCCGUCAGGUGCGUCCGCUGCUCGCCAUUCACGGCUGGAUGGACAAUAUGGGCAGCUUUGCACGUCUUGUCCCAUUGCUGCCCGGCCAUCUGGGCGUCCUGUGCAUCGAGCUGUCUGGCCACGGCCGCUCCUCGCCGUAUCCGGCUGGCAUGCAGUACUCCGUCAUUGAAUGGACCAGCAUCAUUCGCUGCGUGGUGUUGCAUUUCAAGUGGGAGCGCGUCUCGCUGAUGGGCCACUCGUUUGGGGCCGUCGCCUGCAAUCUGUAUGCCUCGUUAUAUGGCCGGGAUCACGUGGAUAUGCUGAUUGCCAUCGAUCUCCUGACCAUUCCCUACAAGAGCAGCAGCUUCUACAUCAACUACCUGGCCAACAGUGUGGAGCGCAUGCUCACGCCCACGCCAGCGCCCAAGCUUUAUACGGCGGAUCAGCUGAAGGACGCGCGCUGGGGCCCAGCUCCCACGAUCAGCAAGGAGCAGGCUCAUCUGCUGAUCAAUCGCAGCGUGCGGCAAGUGCCCGAUCAGCCCGAAAAGUUCUUCAUAUUCCGCGACGCGCGCCUCAUCCACUACUCGCUCUUCCCGCUCGGCGCCGGGCUGGUGAGGGAGCUGAACCGGCGCAUACGCAACAUACCCUACAUGGUCAUCAAGGCAAGCAACUCCAACUUCAUCAACGACGACUGCAUACCGACCUUCGCGAUUCUGCGCAAACAGAAUCCCGCCUUCGAGUAUCAUUUGGCACAGGGCUCUCACCAUGUGCUCAUCAGCGAUCCCCGGCAGCUGGCUGCCUGGAUUGUGCCAUUCAUAAACAAACAUCGACCGGCCACUCGAUGGGAGCAUCCAGGCGAGCUGAAUGUGAUCAGCAAGCUAUGAAGACUUUAAGUAUUGCAGCCAGUUUCUUUCUCUUUUCGACACAAGUUCUGGGAAUAAGUG